ACUCCGUCACCUAAAAGUCUGAUAGAGCAUCGCUUUUGGGCUUUCGGCUGUCUGCCCAUUGUUUAUCUGCAUAUCGAGCUUCCCCUCUUCCUGUUCCUUUGUUUGUUCGGCUUCACCACGACAGCCACCCCCGUUCCACUACACACUAUUCCAAUGGAGUGCAUGCGCGAUCACCUUCAAGACGGCGUUGUGCUACAAGGACGAUACGAGACCAUCUCCCCUCUCAACAAUGGCUCCUUUGGCAUGGUUUUCCAGGCCAAGGACCUUGUGACUGGCGACAACGUAGCCAUCAAGGUCAUCACCAAGAGCACCGCCGCCAUCAACUGCCCUUCCGCCUUUGCAGUCGAUGAGCGUUCCGAGGAGCUUGGCGUUCACCUUCAUCUCGGCGACCACUCCAACGUUGUCAACCUCCUCCAGUCCUUCGAGACCCAGAACCACAUCUACCUGGUCCUUGAGUUCUGUUCCAAUGGCGAUCUGUACGAGGCCAUUCGUGUUGGCAAGGGCCCCCUCGAGACUGAGCACGUGCGCGACUUCAUGAUGCAGCUUGUCGACGCUGUGGAGUUCGUCCACUCCAAGGGUAUCUACCACCGCGACAUCAAGCCCGAGAACAUCUUCCUUACCCAGGAUGGCUCGAUGAAGCUUGGCGACUUUGGUCUUGCCACUACCGACACGUGGUCUUACGAGAUUGCUGUAGGCAGCGACCGCUACAUGGCUCCUGAGCAGUAUGACCCUGGCAACACUGGCUACUCUACCGAGAAGGCAGACAUCUGGGCCAUUGGCAUCGUCCUCCUCAACAUCCUCUUCCAGCGCAACCCUUUCGCUGCCCCGUGCACUUCGGAUCCUCUGUACGCCGACUUUGCUCUCGAUCGUCAGAGUCUCUUCGAUGUUUUCCCCAACAUGUCGCAAGAUACCUUUGAGGUCAUCAGGCAGUGCUUGGCCAUCGACCCCGAGAGGCGCGACCUCAACGCUGUCAAGGAUGCUUUGGCCCGCGUCAUCAGCUUCACCACCGAUGACGAGAGCCUUGACGACUUCUGCACUGAGGAGCGUGACGUCGUCGCUGUUGGAGCCAACCGUGAGCCCCUCCGCACUCCCUCCAUCUCAACGCCGCAACUCGAGAACAAUGGUUCAUUCCCAUGGGCGAAGGCCUUGGCCAUGUCGCCACCUCAGCAGUUCCGUCAGCUCUCAGCCAUUCCUGACGACGAGAUCUACGAGGACGACAUGUUCCCGGGUCCUCCCUACGAUGUCAAGCCAGAUAGCGCUUCUGCCGUAUCUUUUGUGGAUUCUGGCUUGGGCCUAUCUUUCAAGUCGGUCGACGUCAGCGAACCAAAGUCGAUGAACUUCACUCGAUCUCGGCCCGUUGCUAUCUCUGGCUCGCUCCCUGCUAAGAACUUCAACAGCAUGUCGUCCGUCUUCAGUAAGAAGCGCGACAUGAUCUCGAAGAGUUGGAGUGACCUUUGGGAUGAGGAAGAUGACGAUGCGCAGUUCCUCGCUGAGCUUGAGAACAACUGCCACUCCUUCAGUGCCGAGAAGCCCAAGCCCAAGGCUGUUGUCUCCGAAGCCGGAUCUGGCGUCUCGACCCCUCGCGGCUUAUCUGAGGUGAAGAACCCUGCCACGGUCCACAACAGCAGGGAUCGCUCGCCUAAGAACAUUCGCUCUGCGGUCGACCACGUCAGCGCGGCGACUGGAUUCGUCUUCGAAGAGCAUCGCACCCCAGCACCUGCUCGCAGCCCCAAGCGCUCUGCUGCCGACAAGUGGGCUGCCCUCGGCGACCGUCGACGCAGCCCUGCAGUUCAGGCCCAGCAGCAAGUCCAGCAGCAGACUCCGUCAAAGCCAAUGAGGUCGCCCAAGUCUGCUGAAGCUCCGAACUCCGCCCGGAAGCGGAGCCGGACUGGAACUGGCCGACGACCGAUCCAUUGGGGCUCCAGUCACAAUGAAAACAACAACCACCCUGUCAGCUCCUGGGAGCAGAAGGUGGACAACUGGUACAAGAGCAAAGAUUGGCGCUCUCAUACCGAUCACGCCCAGAUCACGGACGAUCUGGGCGACCUUGAGUGGGUGUGGUAAGGCACUAUGACCUGCCACUUGUAGUCUUGACAACUUUUCCUAUCCCUUUUUUUCUUUGCUUUGAUUUUGAGGAAUACGUUGUUUCCAGGAAGCAAGAGUCCUACGAUUCCCAAUCCUCAACCCUCCACGUUCAAAUUGUAGCCGUUAGAGAUACCAUUUCCUAUCUCCUCUCCUCUCUACCUUACACCUGUACACUCCACUUCACCGACGACCUCAUCAUUUCGAGCUUCUAUCUUGUCGCUUGGUAUCUCUCCUUUGUUACUUCACGGGUGUGUUUGUGGCUAGCUUCUGGGACUCUUGCAUUGUUGGCGGGUGAAAGAAACUGUUCUGAUGAAGGUUUUCGUCAAACUGCAAAUGCUCAAAUAUGAAAAGGGAAGCAAGCGGCAUCUGGGAUGGAGUUUAUGUUUUUC